AUGGCAGUCGGCCAGUUCGCUGUUUGCCUUCCUGGGGCACGGGCCGGUCCUCAGUUCCUCCGAGUUGAGGGUGAGGUGUAUCACGCGGAUUUCCGCUUCCGCGUGCUGUAUCGGAGCUACGCUCCCCUGGAGCGGCAUGCUCAACAAUAUCACCGCCGGUUCUGUACACGGUAUCUCCGGAGCGAAGGAUGUGCAAGAUCUGAAGCGGUACGAGAAGGAGCACGGCGUGCUGGGAGUGAAUCUGGGUUCCGGUCUGUCCGCGGGUGGUGGCCUGACGCUUCAUCAGGAGCUGAUCAUGACUAUGCCUGGCACAGGAAGCGCGGGUGGGAUAGGACAGGGCGAUGACAAACCCGCGAAGCAGAAGCGACAUCGGACGCGUUUUACACCAGCCCAACUCAACGAACUAGAAAGGUGUUUCGCCAAAACUCACUACCCGGACAUCUUCCUAAGGGAGGAAAUAGCUGUGAGGAUUGGCCUCACGGAAAGUCGCGUUCAGGUAUGGUUUCAAAAUCGACGAGCCAAAUGGAAGAAGCGCAAGAAGACGACCAACGUGUUCCGGUCUUCAGGAUCGCUGUUACCGUCGCACGGCUUGCCUCCCUUUGGACCGAUGAGCUCCGACUUGUGUAGCGGAAUGUUCCAUACCCCCGCGGACAGAUGGGGAAUGGGAACAGGUCUCGGACAAUUGCAGGGCGGCAUGACGAGUAGUUUCGGGCAGCUCGGUCAACAAAGCACGGGAAGUCUGGGUUCCAGUUUAAGUCUCGGCAACUCCGGACUCCCGAUCAACAGCCCGUCGCAAUCAGUUUACCAUACUAAUUACGGGCUCAAUUCUAUCGGCGGCGUUCACGUGACGGCGUCUCGGGGUUCGCCACCGGUCGGCGGUCAAGCGAUGGGUUCGGGCCUGAACUGCGGCCAGGGUUCGCCGGGCACGACUUCCGGUGGUAGCGGCGGCGGCGGUGGCGGCGGCGGUGGUGGCGGCGGAGGCGGUGGUGUCUCCUGCGUCGGUGCCGAUGUAAGCGCGAACGAGGCGUCGGACUGGAGAGGCGCCCACAGCAUCGCGGCGCUCAGACGUCGUGCCUCGGACGCCUCGCAGCAAUACAGCCCUCAGCCACCACCGCCGCCACCCCCAGGGCCACCUCAGUACACCCACGAUCUGGAGUACAGUUCCGUUUAUUGAGACAUCGCCUGAACGUCCUUUGACGUUCAGUUCCACAAGAGAGCCUGGCGGUAGGAGCUUACCGUAAUUAUCAUGUGUGGAACGAGUACUCCUCUCUGUUCUCCGUCGAGGAAAUCGUAAGACAGGACGGUCUUCCCGCGACCUAUUUCUACAAGAAGAGCAAGACCGGUUCGACUGGGGAUCGUGAUUUUAAUAAUGUGAAGAUGUAAUGCAGCGAGAUCAAGAUCGACGAUUUGAAAAACGAGCAUCCUGAAUUUUGACUUGCGCGAAGGUCUAAAAUUGUUCACCGUUUUGAAUUUAACGUAACCAGUAUGGUGAAGCAUAGCAAAUAACGACGGAUAAGAUAAUUUUGGGUGGCAAUGUUUUGACCGGAAAGGGUUUAUAAUAAUUUAAUCAUUAAGAUAUCACAAUGAGAAUUUCUAUUCUUCAGAUAACAUGAAUUCGUCGUCCUGUCAGAAGAAACAGUUGCAGGAAUAAUAUGAAGAAUUCACACGAAAGGAGUACUCUUUUAUAAAUUCGCACAGAGGUAAAAUCAGGGUAGAAAAUCGAAAUUGCUGGCGGUAUCGACAACGAUAAUUUAUGCAAUACAGAUUCUCGUCAUCAUAGCUUUCCUAGGACCAUCGUGACUUAAGGUAAACGUACCAGUUUCUCGACAAAAUCGAUUCCUUAACAAGAAAUUGCAUUUUUAUUAAAAUUAAAUUUUUU